AUGAGCAAGUCACCCUCCGCGGCGACCGCGCUAGCGUAUCCAGUCACUCUUCGCCUCGUUGGCUCCCUCUCGCCCAUUCUCCGCAUCGCACAGAACGCCUCGGCCGCGACGUUCUCGAUCUUUGCCAUCGUACACCUCGCUGCACCGCUCUCGGCGCUCCUCCCAAGCCGGCCACAGUACCUCACGAGUGCCGAGAACCGGGCGAACGGGUUCGCAUUGCUCGGGAGGGAGGUGUACCAGGGAGAAUGGAGCGAGCCCGUUCUGGUGUGGGGGAGCUUGACGGCGCACGUCGUGAGCGGUAUUGCGCUGCGCUGGCUCAAGGUGGUCGAGCGGGUUGAGCGGAGGAAGGUCCGCAAGGAGGAGGCGAAGCGAAAGGCGCGAGAGAUGGCGACUAUCAGGCCGGGCGAGGUCGAGGACGAGUUGCCGACGAUGACCAAGGCGACAGAAGUGGAGAAGAACCUGGUAGAGGACGAAGUCGAGGAGCUCGAGGCGGAACUUGUCGCGACCACGACAAACGACGAGGAACUCGUCGUUCCCGCCAGCGUUUCUCCAGCUCCCCUCGUCCCUUUGCCCAACUUCCACCAAGCCAUGGGUUACGCCCUCAUCCCCUUCGUCGCCCACCACGCCUGGUUGCACCGCCUACUCCCGUCUUCGCCUCUUCCCCCAAUCUUUGCCCUCUCGCCCAGCUUCUUCAACUACAGCUUCACCGCCUUCUCUCUCCGCCACGACUCGCCUCUCCUGAAGUACGGCUCUGCCGUAUGCUACGCCGCCGUCGUCGGACUCGGCACAUACCACGGCCUCGUCGGCUGGCGGAUCCUCUUCGACCCGACUGCGCCUCGCUCGCUCAGACCCAGCAGGCGCCGCCCGGGUGGGAAGGACCGUCGUGUGCUCCACGGAAGGGAGUGGCAAGCUGCGUGGAUUACGCUGGUCGCUGGCGUGAGCGUAGGCGCCGCAAGGAUCGCGGGCUACCUUGGCGGUGAGAGGACGGUUAAGGUGCCAGACUUUGUGGCCAAGCGGAUGGACUUUGUCCUGCGGCGGGGCUUUGCGCAGGCAUAG